CCAAGACCAGAACGUUUCAGUUUGGUGUGUGUUUUACUGAGCGAGGGAAAUGUUCCUGUUCACGUCCACACUGAUCUUCAUCUCUGCAGUCGUGUCCCAGUGUUGCGCUGAGCAGAAGGUGAAAUGUUCCUACGACCCCAAGAAUAAAGACCUCCAGAGAGUUUGGUGUAAAAAGGACACAAACAAUGACAACUGCUGCACGGGUUUCUCCUUCAUGCCGGGGAACCGUGAGCUGGAAGGCGGGCUUCUGAGUGUGCAGGACAACGACCAGGACUUCAUCGUGUCCGUGAAGCAUUUGUCUCAGGGGGACGGAGUUUACUGGUGCGGCCUCACCAACGGCUCCAACAUCAUCAUCAAACUGGCCGAAGAAGAGAUCCACAAUCCGAUGAAUUUGAUCUGGAGCAUCGCACGCUGGCUGCUCUUCGUCCUGCUCCUGCUGGCGGUGAUUUCAUCUCAUAUGUUCUGCAGAAAAAUGAGGUGUACGAUACCGUAUGAAGACGUCCAGAUGGAAAGCAUCCAUUUUAAUGAAUACAGAGACGCUGUCGAGAAGAACCUUGUCCAAUACUCAACUUAUACUUUGGGGAUUAAGCUUAAAAAUAAUGUACAUGUUUUGUGUGUUCUUUUGAAGUAAAAGAUAAGCUUAUCACACUGUAAAAAAAGAAUAGUUGAGAACACUUGAAAUUUCAAG